AUGUCGGCUGAAGACUUGGGAGCAGGCAGUUCAGGCCGUCUCGGUCAAGAGUUUCGAACCAAUGCCAUCGUCGGCAACCAUUAUCGCAUCAUUAAGCGACUGGGCUCAGGCUCAUUCGGCGACAUUUACAUGGGCGAAAACCUGGUGAGUAAUCCAAAGAUGCAGGUGGCCAUCAAGAUAGAGCCAACUUGUGACAAAGCAGCUCAGCUGUACAACGAAUUCAAGUUCUACCGCUUGAUCAACGAAAAGCAAGGUUUUCCAAACAUUUACUGGUUUGGACAAUGGGACAAGUACAAUGUCCUUGUAAUGGAUCUGCUGGGCAAAAAUCUCGAAGACGUCUUUGAAGCUUGUGAGCUCAAGUUUUCACUCAAAACUAUAAUUCAGUUGACUCUUCAGCUACUCGACCGUUUUGAGUUUUUGCACAGCAAAAGUAUCAUAUACCGAGACGUGAAACCGGAAAACUUUCUUCUUGGCCGAGCUGGCUUUCCUAACCAGAACACAAUUCACAUUGUCGACUUUGGGCUGUCCAAGGAGUUCAUAGAUCCCAUUACCGGAAAGCAUAUAUCCUACCGCACAGGCAAAUCGCUGACCGGCACAGCUCGCUACAUGAGCAUCAACACACAUCAGGGCGUUGAGCAGUCUCGUCGUGACGACCUGGAGGCGCUGGCUCACCUCUUUGUUUACCUACUGCGUCAAGGCAAACUGCCAUGGUCAGGCCUGAAGGCACCCACUCUGAAGGAGCGCUACCGCAAAAUUGGCGAAGUCAAGGUGAACACUCCCAUCGACGAACUGUGCGCUGGAUUUCCCGAAGAAUAUGCAAAUUUACUCCGAUACUCACGAAGUCUAGGCUUCUAUGAUGCGCCCGACUAUGAAACUAUUAAGGCCGGUUUUGUUGAGCUCUACAACAAGAUGAACUUUGAAGAUGACAAGUAUGACUGGGAAG